AUGGCGCUUCGAUGGGGUAUCAUGGCCACUGGCGGCAUCGCGAACAGGUUCGUUCACGAUCUGCUCAAAGAUCCUAAAGCUCGCGAUGCCUCUGAUGUCGAACAUCAAGUCGUAGCUGUUGCCUCAUCCUCAUCUGUAGACAAGGCCAAGCAGUUCAUCUCGACCGUCGGCAUCACCAACUCCUGCGCUGCAUACGCCUCUUACGAGGAGCUUGUCACGGAUUCAAACGUAGAUGUCAUCUAUGUUGCUACUCCUCAUUCCCACCACUACCAAAAUGUAAGGCUGGCACUGGAAGCGGGCAAGAAUGUCCUGUGCGAGAAGGCUUUCACCGUAAAUGCAGCUCAGACCAAGCUCCUGAUUGAGCUUGCUCUCAAGAAGAAGGUUUUCCUCAUGGAAGCCGUCUGGACUCGUUAUUUCCCUUUAAGUAUACAAAUUCGCGAGUCCAUCCAGAAGGGCGAGAUCGGUGAGGUUCUCCGUGUCACGGCUGAUACGAGCUUUGGUGAGGAUGUUGAGAAAACUUGGGGCACUGAGCAUCGAAUGGUGAACCCAAAGCUGGCUGGUGGCUCUCUUCUUGACUUGGGCAUUUACUCUCUAACCUGGGUCUUCCAGACUCUAUACCACACCUUGCCCCUAGAGCAGAGAAAGGCACCUACGGUUUUAUCGCAGAUGACGCCAUAUCAUCUCACAGGUGUAGAUGAGUCCACCACCAUCUUGCUAAGCUUCCCAAACAGUACACCUGGAAAUGGCAUACGCCGAUCGCAAGGUGUGGCUAUGACCAACAUUCGCGUUUCAGGUGAUCCGGAUGACAAGGGUGAAAUUCCCCAGAUUCGCAUCCAGGGUACCAAGGGUGAAAUUCAAGUGUUUGGGUUUCCAUUCCGUCCGACAAAGUAUCGUGUUAUCCUCAAGGGACAGGGCGAAGUGCGCCAAUUUGAGCAACCGUUCCCGGAUGAUGGCCAUGGCAUGUACUGGGAGGCUGAUGAGGUCUUCAGAUGCCUGAGAGAUGGAAAGGUGGAGAGUGAGGGUCUGCCUUGGGAAGAAAGCCUUGUCAUUAUGGAGGUAAUGGAUGAAGUGAGACGGCAGGGCGGAUUGGAGUAUCCUCAGGAAAUUGAGUCGACCGAGUAUCCACUGCAACUUUAG